AUGGAAACCAAUGGCGUCAGCUUUUCAGUCUUCGCGGCGAUCUCUUUCGACCAGGUCAGCGUGAGCUUUGUCGCUACGCUCACCGCAGCUGCUGUAGGUGCUGUUACUGGCCGAAGGCAGGCCAAUUUCCACGCCAAGAGGACAAGCAGCAGGCAUUUCCUCUGUCUUCUUCUGACCUCCGCCUACCUUCUUUCAUUCCCGACCUUUCUCUCGUCGAUAACCGGGUACCAGACCCUACUGUCGCCUUACGCAUGGGUUUCACCCCUCCGCAUAGGCUUGGUGCCCACAUCGGAAUGGUCGACGCCAAUGUACGUGCUUCCGGAUGGUUCACGUAUUGGUCUACAGGACUAUUUCCCCAUAUACAUGUACGAUGACCGGGCCACUUAUGAGUCUAUCGCGGCUGGGACAGCGAAUCAUACCACGCUUUACUCGACGCUCAUCUCGUGCUAUAUCCAGCCCGAACUUCUCUCCAAUGCGACAGCCCAGCAAGCACAGGAGUACUUUGCACGUGGCGAGAACUUCGUCUUCGCUCCUGCAGACGUGUGUUCCUUCACCCUACCGCCGAACUCCACAAGUCUUGUUCAAAGCAUGUCAUCUUCGGUCACGCUAUCGGGUGAGGUGUACAACAUCUCCUCGCCAACAUUGUCCAUUGUGGGUAAUGCGGAGACCACACAGGAUUCUGAGGCUGAAUAUUUCGCCUUUGGAAACGUCACUUUUACGACAAUGUACCAGAAGCGAUACAGUAUGUGCGUACCAGAUACGACCUAUCAAUGGGGAUUUGCCUCGAUCCCGUUCUUCAUCUUCUGUUUAUUGACGAUAGUCUUCGCUGCAUUGCUCGUUGCUCUGCAGCAGGAUGCGUUCAUGAAUGGAAGAAUAGAUCGUUACAAGGAGUUUCGCAGUACCAACGUCUUUCAGGAUGUGCUGGAUCUUGCGGAUGGAUUGAAGGACACUUUCGAGGGUAUCCAGUCAAAAUCUGCUCGAGAGGUCAAGGAGCUCGUCGAUGGUCCAAGCAGCGUCAUGAUGUUGAAGACGGAUGGGCUGUUGCACUCGCGGAAGGAGGUCAGACGAGAGGCGAAAUUGCGCCAUGCACCACCUACGCAACGGUCGACAAGGUGGCAGCCCACGCUACCUGUAUCGCGAUGGAGACGGAUUACACCCAGUUCAGAGUCAUCAGCAAAGGAAGGAUACAUCACUGUAGACGAAGUGGAGUUGUGA